CCUUAGCUAAACGCCGACUGAAAAAAUGAUUCUUAUGUAACAUUAAUAUAAAUAAACCAAGAAUUAACGCCCUCCUUUGCUUUCUGCCGUCGUUGAAAAGAUGAAGGAACUGUUCGCUAUAAUACUCCUUCUAUCAAUAAGUGAAAGUGUUACAAGCCACGAUUUAAACAGUUUUAAAUGUUUACCGUCACAGAAUCUCAAUACAAGUGAACAGCCAAGUCGUAAUACGUACAGCGUACGACAAACGAAUUUCAAAUGCGUAUCCAGAGAUUUCGUGCCUUAUUCUCAAGGAAUCCUAGAUGUAAGUCUGGAGAUAAAUUUCGUAUCAGCAGAUGAUGAAUUAUCAGUCACCGUUUAUGCAAAAGGCGAGGACAUUGACAUCACUAUUGGGAACGAAGAUAUUUACGGAGCAGAUAUGGAGUAUACAAGUGGAUAUCGGAAGAUUCAAAUAUUUAUUCCCAGUAAAAAUGUGAACAGUUAUGUAACCCUAUCAGGCAAAGUGUCACAACGUUCAACUAUAGUAGUAAAAUCAGUCAAGUUCAUAUCUCAUAAGUACACUCAGGAUCUACUAAACAUUGUAACAGAUGGGAAAGGUAACAAUCAAUAUACAUAUCACGAUAUAUUUCAUGAACUCAAUAGAAACGAUGAGAACACUGAAUCUACAAAUACAGAUGUGACAGUGACUAAUCCAACGGAAAUUGUAACUGAUGUAACCACUCCGACAGAAACGACUAUAGAAGUCACUGAUGUGACCACUCCAACAGAAACGACUAUAGAAGUUACUGAUGUAACCACUCCAACAGAAACGACUAUAGAAGUGACUGAUGUAACCACUCCAACAGAAACGACGCUAGAAGGCACUGAUGUAACCACUCCAACAGAAACAACUGUAGAAGUUACUGAUGUAACCACUCCAACAGAAACGACCGUAGAAGUUACUAAUGUUACCACUCCAACAGAAACGACUGUAGAAGUUACUGAUGUAACCACUCCAACAGAAACGACGAUAGAAGUUACUGAUGUAACCACACCAACAGAAACCACGAUAGAAGUCACUGAUGUAACAACUCCAACAGAAACAACGAUAGAAGUCACUGAUGUAACCACUCCAACAGAAACGACGCUAGAAGUCACUGAUAUAACCACUCCAACAGAAACCACGAUAGCAUUCACUGAUAUAACCACUCCAACCGAAAUUACAAUUAUAACUGAUAUUACUGAUACUACUGUUCCAACAGAAACCACGAUAGAAGUUACUGAUGUAACCACUCCAACAGAAACGACGAUAGAAGUUACUGAUGUGACCACUCCAACAGAAACGACUGCAGAAGUUACUGAUAUCACCACUCCAACAGAAACGACUGUAGAAGUUACUGAUGUAACCACUCCAACAGAAACGACUAAAGAAGUUACUGAUGUAACCACUCCAACAGAAACUACUAUAGAUGUUACUGAUGCAACCACUCCAACAGAAACCACGAUAGAAGUCACUGAUGUAACAACUCCAACAGAAACAACAAUAGAAGUCACUGAUGUAACUACUCCAACAGAAACGACCGUAGAAGUUACUGAUGUUACCACUCCAACAGAAACGACUGUAGAAGUUACUGAUGUUACCACUCCAACAGAAACGACUAUAGAAGUCACUGAUGUAACCACUCCAACAGAAACGACCGUAGAAGUUACUGAUGUUACCACUCCAACAGAAACGACUGUAGAAGUUACUGAUGUAACCACUCCAACAGAAACGACGAUAGAAGUUACUGAUGUAACCACUGCAACAGAAACGACUAUAGAUGUUACUGAUGUAACCACUCCAACAGAAACGACUGUAGAAGUUACUGAUGUGACUACUCCAAAAGAAACGACUGUGGAAGUUACUGAUGUAACUACUCCAACAGAAACCACGAUAGAAGUCACUGAUGUAACCACUCCAACAGAAACGACCGUAGAAGUUACUGAUGUUACCACUCCAACAGAAACCACAAUAGAAUUCACUGAUAUAACCACUCCAACGGAAAUUACAAUUAUAACUGAUAUUACUGAUACUACUAUUCCAACAGAAACCACGAUAGAAGUUACUGAUGUAACCACUCCAACAGAAACGACUGUAGAAGUUACUGAUGUAACCACUCCAACAGAAACGACUAUAGAAGUCACUGAUGUAACCACUCCAACAGAAACGACUGUAGAAGUCACUGAUGUAACCACUCCAACAGAAACGACGAUAGAAGUAACUGAUGUAACCACUCCAACAGAAACGACGAUAGAAGUCACUGAUGUAACCACUCCAACAGAAACGACUGUAGAAGUCACUGAUGUAACCACUCCAACAGAAACGACGAUAGAAGUAACUGAUGUAACCACUCCAACAGAAACGACGAUAGAAGUCACUGAUGUAACCACUCCAACAGAAACGACCGUAGAAGUUACUGAUGUUACCACUCCAACAGAAACGACAGUAGAAGUUACUGAUAUCACCACUCCAACAGAAACCACAAUAGAAGUCACUGAUAUAACCACUCAAACGUAUAUUACUGAUACAGCCACUCCGACAGGAUCGACGACAGAAGUUAUUGAAACAAUCACACCCACAGAAAUUACAACUGAUGUUACUGAUACUACUACUCCAACAGAAACUACAACAGAUAUAGUCGACACUACUACUGACGAAGCAACUACAGAAAACCCUGAAGAGAACCCAAUACCUGCCAUUGCGCAACCAAUUGUAAUAGCUUUAAUAGUUAUAGCAUCUGUUCUAGUAGCCGUGACCAUUGUCACAUUCAUAAUUUACCAAUUUAAAUCAAGUAUGAUCGACGGAGUGGCUUCAUACGACAAUGCUGAUGAAGAUCUACCUACACUUAUAACUUUGCCAAAAUCGAAACCUAUUGAGACUUAAAAUAUUAAAAUACCUUAUCUAUGUUAUGAAUUCCAAGCGGACUUCACCUAGAUACGUUAGUAUUAAAGUAAAUAAAUAAAUAAAUAAAAAAUAUACAAUAGAUC